AUGUUUGUGUGCGGUUUGAAGCCAGGGUCUAGUGACGAGGAAGAAGAGGAAGAUGUGAUGGAUAUACUUCAGAAAAGACGGGAAGAAUGCGAGCGAAAAGCAAGACGAGGGGAGAUGGACCCUCGGUUAGAGUUCACCUUCCAACUUCUAAUCGACGGUACAGGACUCCCCCGACACGCCAUCAUGGAUCACGUUUUCGAAGGGAAUAUGCUAGAUGAUAUUAACCAAUUAUUUCUCCCGCACAUGAGAAAUAAAUUGCUAUGGUAUUAUCAAGACGUAGAAGAAGUAGAGCAGAGACCGCUACCAGAAAGCACCAAAUCGAGGCAACAAGGGCAGGGAAAACAACCGCCUCCUCUGAUUACCGUAAAGAGAAAACUCUUUUUAUCAGACGGCUGGGAUGUAAAGUUUACUGGAGUGUGCAUUUAUAUGUUUCGGAUAAAUGUCAGCAAACAACUACCCGAAGAAGGAUUUCAUAAAGAUCUAUUCUGCGGCAUCCUCAACGCGGAACGGGUCGGCUUGGUGACGGCUGUCGAGCGUGUCAUGGAACAUGUCUAUAUGAGUGCACUCGCUCACCCGACCAUAUGCGAAGAAGUCUGCAAUCAAAUGAAUCUAUUUGAUGAUGGGCAGGCUUUAAUGGUGAAUUUGACAGACCCAACAGAGUUGAAGGAAAUGAUAAAGAACCCUACCACAAUAACAACGUUGGAAGAAAGAGUCAAUGAAUGGGUUAAAAAGAUAAUGGAGAUACUCAGUGAAAGCGAACAGCUAAGAAGAGAAGUAGAUUCAAGUGGGCCACAAGAUGAACUGGAAUAUUGGAAAAAGAGAGGAGCCCAGUUUUCUCAGCUCGUCUCAUACCUACAGAAUGUCGAGGUUCAGCUUACCUUAACGUGCUUACAACUUGCAAAUUCAAAAGUAAUUAAAAUAUGGCGAGAUACGGAUCACAAGAUAACUUUCUGUUACAAUGAAGCCAAAGACAACGCUAAAUUUAUUCAAGCAAUGGAGAAAUGUUGUCAUUCUUUAUAUUUGGACGAUCCUGUUAAGAUCAAAGAUUCCAUAUUAAGUCUGCUUCAAACGGUCAGACUCAUCCAUAGUGUCUCGCAAUUUUACAAUACUUCGGAAAGAAUAUCCUCAUUGAUGGUCAAAAUAACCAAUCAAAUGAUUGAAACAUGCAAACAAUAUAUAACGUGUCGUUUCAAAGAGACUAUUUGGUCACAAGAGCGCGACAUGGUAAGGGAUAAAUUGAUACAUUGCAUAAGUCUUAAUAAAACCUACAGAGAUACUUACACAUUUGUGAAGAAUCAGCCUUUUCUGCCAAAUACGGAGCAGUUUAGUUUCUCAGAAAAUUACGUUUUUGGUAAAUUCGAUACGUUUUGCAAAAGGUUGAAUAAAAUAAUAACUAUGUUUGAUUUGAUGGAUGAUUAUAAUCAUUUAUUUGAAAAACGAAUGGAGGGGCUACUUUUGGGCGAAGAUCUGGAAGAUGCGAUGCAUUCUUUUAACGAAGCAAAAAAGGCUGUAACGUCCUGUCAGUAUGAUUAUCUAGACUAUAGAAAUGCCGAGUUUGAUAAAGACUAUCAAGCAUUUGAAGAAAAAACUAAUAAUCUUAAGGAAUCUAUUGGCAGUACCAUCGAAGUGAAUUUUUCUAGCGUUUGGGAGACACCACAAGGAAUCAAAUUUCUUACAAGAUUUGAAAAGGUAAGCCAGAAAAUUCAAAUAACAAAACUCAGCGAGAAAUACGAUAGAGUCUUAAAAUAUAGUGAAAAAGAAGUGGACAAAAUAAUGAAGAUGUUUAAAAGACAAAAAGAAGACCCUCCUUUACCCAGAAACUACUCGCCUGUUGCUGGUCGCAUAAAAUGGGCCAGAUGUCUGAUGUACAACAUGACGGAGACUGUCGAGAGUGUGUGCGCGCACCCAGUGCUGAGGGCAUUGCCUACCGCCGCCGACAUGAUGCGCAAAUAUGCGGCAACGCGCACUCUUAUACAUAACUACGAGGAGACUAUGCGCGCGGUGUGGAUGAACCAAAACCUAUGGGACGUUGAUGACAGUCUAACUAAUACUCUACUAAAAAUAGAUGAAUCUGGUCGAAUAACCGUUAACCUAGAUCAUACAAUCAAGUUACUUAUUAGAGAGUCUGACUGCCUCGUUAAAAUGGGCCUGGAAUUGCCAAUCGUUUGUCACUCAUUAUAUGCAAAGAAGAAUUACUUCACACUUGUGAACGACUCCUUACAGUUUCUGCUAGAGGAUUACCUACGUACAGUUAGGCAAGUGAAACUAGAGGUGCGACCCCUUCUUUUGCCUCAAGUAGUCCGGCUUUCUUCCCUUCUACUUCCCGGCCUUCGGACGGUAUUCUGGACAAGCGAUGAUUGGAAGGAGUUCAUCGAUCGUGCUAAUUCUGCUAUAAACAGCUUCGACGUACUGGUUACUAGAGUACAUGACAUAUAUACCAAUAGGAUCAUUUAUAUGUUGUCAGGAAUGCAAGAAGUCACCCUGAUUUCAUUGCCAGAAGAAACACCUUGGUCUGUGGAUGAGUUUAUAGAACACGUAGAAAGUGGAUGUAGAAGUGCAUGCGUAGAGCUCAAUAGAAAAAGUUUAAUGGUAGAGGAGGCAGUGGAAGAAGUGUUGGAUCUCGUCAAGAAAGCGGCUCAACAAGCCAAACCGAUAGAGAUAAAUCCAGAUUUUGAAUUUCUUAUAGCAGAUGAUGAUGCACAAAUGGCCAGCGGGGCAGCAUCUACUAUGAACGAGUCAACAACCAGCGGACAGCAAGACUGGUCUGCUGUUUGGGAAUGUUUCGAGAGUCCGCAUCGGUUGCUCUCCGUACCCGCUGGGGGGCUUUCGAAGAGCAUGCAGGAAAUGGUGAAGAACGCAGUGAGCGAAAUGCGCCGCUAUUACAGUCGGAAGGUUAUUGACGUGUUGAUUAAGGUUACCAGACGCGCCCUGGAUCUGAUCAUCAAGCAGUUCACACAGGACGAGUCCUCAGCGAAUCUUCCAAAACGCCCGAUUUUCCUGCUGCAAGCUACCCUCUUGAUACCGAGCGUGUCAGUGAAUCCAACUCUGGAAGAGAUUCAAGAUGUUCUCGUUUUAGCUGGAAAACAAAUAUCUGGGUUAUCAAAAGGAGUUGCCCAGUGGACCGGAGGAAAACCUCCGAAGGGUAAUGCAAUUACGGCGCCUAUGAACAUGGCACAAAAGUCAAUGAAGAUGGUAGAAGCUGCCAGACAAAGGAGAAAGAAAUAUUAUAGAUUAGAAUCAGAAGAGAAACCAGUAUUCCCAUUUCAGCAGAAAAAUUUUUACAAUCACAUAAUGGAAAAUAAGGAAAUUGUAAAAACACUAACUUUACUAUCUAUGUGUACAUCACAUGUGAAAACGGAAUUAAAUACACUCGUCAAACGUUGGCGCCCUUAUCACUACUUAUGGAAAUGUGAAAAAACAUUACGUCAAUUGUUGGCUUGGAAUCUUAAUGAUUUUGAGCUUGCCUUAAAAAGACAUAGUGAAUUAGAGGCCAAACUAGCCACCGAACCCGAUGUGCUUAUUAUUGGCAACUGUGUUGCGGUGUCCACAGAAAAGCUUAAGUUGGGGCUUAACACAGAACUUAAAAAUGGUACAUAUAAAAUAAGUCAAGCAAUGCGUAAGAAGUAUAAACGUGAGAUGGAUUACGUUUACGCUAUAAUGAACGAUUUAGAACGUAAGCUGGAAAGGCCAAUACGUGAUUUAGAUGAUGUAAGAACAGUGAUGGAAACGCUGAAAAAGAUAAGAGAACAAGAAGUUGAUAUGGAAUUAAAAAUUGAUCCAGUUGAAGAAGCAUUUAACGUUAUAACUAGAUAUGAGCUCCCAGUUAGCAAAGAAGAUAUGGAACAGGUUGAUAACCUUAGGUACAGUUGGCAACAGCUGCAAGCCACUGCACUUGCAUCUCAUGUUCAGUUACUUUCAAUGCAACCUCAAUUCGAAGAAGAUCUCCAAAACAACUUAGACAGGUUCCGUGAAGAUAAUGCAGAAUACUGUCAUGAGUAUAGAUAUGCAGGACCCAUGCAACCAGGUUUAAGCCCCAGAGAGGCCUCCGAUCGUUUAAUAUUGUUUCAGAAUCGGUUUGAUGGAAUGUGGCGCAAGUUACAAACAUAUCAAAACGGUGAAGAACUAUUUGGUUUACCACACACUGAAUAUCCAGAGCUUGCUCAAAUAAGAAAGGAAUUAAAUCUCCUGCAAAAGCUUUACAAGUUAUACAAUGAUGUUAUAGACAGAGUCAGCAGCUAUUAUGAUAUACCAUGGGGAGAAGUAAACAUUGAAGAGAUCAACAAUGAGCUAAUGGAAUUCCAGAAUAGAUGUAGAAAAUUGCCUAAAGGAUUAAAGGAAUGGCCAGCUUUUUACGCUUUAAAGAAAACUAUAGACGAUUUCAACGAUAUGUGCCCGCUUCUAGAAUUAAUGGCUAAUCGCGCUAUGAAACCGCGCCAUUGGCAACGCAUUAUGGAAGUGACGAAAUAUAUUUUUGAAUUGGACAACGAAGAUUUUUGUCUUAAAAAUAUUUUAGAAGCGCCACUUUUGCAAAAUAAAGAAGAUAUUGAGGAUAUUUGUAUAUCAGCGAUGAAGGAAAAGGAUAUAGAAGCUAAACUGCGGCAAGUAACAAACGAAUGGUCGGUUCACGAACUAACCUUUCAAACGUUUAAUAACCGUGGAGAAUUACUUCUCAGAGGCGAUACCACUGCGGAGACUAUUGGUCAACUAGAGGACAGUCUAAUGAUAUUAGGCUCUUUGUUGUCAAAUCGUUAUAAUGCACCGUUCAGAAAACAAAUACAACAGUGGUUGUACGAUCUUCAAAGCACUAAUGAAAUUCUUGAACGCUGGCUGCUCGUUCAGAAUAUGUGGGUGUACCUGGAAGCUGUGUUUGUUGGUGGCGAUAUCGCUAAGCAACUUCCAAAGGAGGCCAAACGGUUUUCCAAAAUAGAUAAGUCCUGGCAGAAAAUAAUGCAGAGAGCACACGAAACACCCGGCGUUGUUUCCUGUUGCGUUGGUGACGAUCUUUUGAGACAGCUGUUGCCACAUCUUCAAGAACAAUUGGAGCUUUGUCAGAAAAGCUUGAGCGGUUACCUUGAAAAGAAGCGUACCAUGUUUCCGAGAUUCUUUUUUGUAUCUGAUCCAGCUUUGCUCGAAAUUCUCGGCCAAGCUUCUGACUCCCACACAAUCCAAAAUCAUCUGUUGUCCAUCUUUGACAACAUAAGAUAUGUGAAGUUUCACGAUAUAGAAUAUAACAAAAUGAUAGCAAUAAUAUCAUCCGAAGGGGAAGAAAUCAAACUUGAAAGACCAGUGCGCGCAGAGGGGUCGGUUGAAACGUGGCUCACGUCCCUAUUGCAAUCUGCUCAGAGCAGUUUACACUCGAUCAUCCGUAACGCUGUUUCAUUUAUCAACGACCCAUCUUUCAAUCUUCUCAUGUUUCUUGAUAAAAUGCCGGCACAGGUUGGAUUAUUGGGUAUUCAAAUAAUUUGGACCAGAGAUGCGGAGCUUGCUUUAAUGCAAGCACGACAGGACAAGAAGAUAAUGCUGGACACAAAUAAUAAAUUUUUGGAGCUCUUGAAUACUCUCAUAGAUCAAACAACAAGGGACCUGCUGAAGAUUGAACGUACAAAGUUUGAAACUCUCAUCACUAUACAUGUCCACCAACGAGAUAUUUUUGAUAUGUUGUGUCGACUAAACGUUCGUUCCGCUAAUGACUUUGAAUGGCUGAAACAAUGUCGAUUUUAUUUUAAAGAAGAUUCCGAUAGGACUUGGAUAUCAGUAACGGAUGUGGUGUUCGCGUAUCAAAAUGAAUAUUUGGGAUGCACUGAAAGGCUCGUCAUCACACCUUUAACUGACAGGUGCUACAUAACCUUGGCACAAGCGUUAGCAAUGAGCAUGGGCGGUGCGCCCUGUGGCCCUGCUGGUACUGGGAAGACAGAAACUGUGAAAGAUAUGGGCAAAACCCUCGCCAAAUACGUUGUCGUUUUCAACUGUUCUGAUCAAAUGGAUUACAGAGGUCUGGGACGUAUUUAUAAAGGAUUAGCUCAGUCCGGGUCCUGGGGCUGUUUCGACGAGUUCAACCGAAUCGAACUACCUGUUCUUUCAGUAGCAGCUCAACAAGUUGCAGUUGUUCUCUCUGCCAAGAAAGAGAAAAAGAAAACUUUCCUUUUCACGGACGGAGAUAUGUCAGAAAUGUGUCCUGAAUUUGGAAUAUUUAUUACAAUGAAUCCUGGUUAUGCAGGCCGUAAAGAGUUACCUGAAAAUUUAAAAAUACAAUUUCGUACCGUGGCUAUGAUGGUGCCAGAUCGACAAAUUAUCAUCCGUGUUAAGCUGGCUUCUUGUGGUUUUCUAGAAAAUAUAACUUUGGCUCGCAAAUUUUACACAUUGUAUAAGCUUUGUGAAGAACAGCUUACAAAGCAGGUACACUACGACUUUGGUUUACGUAAUAUUCUUUCGGUAUUGCGUACUCUUGGUGCUGUCAAGCGAGUGAAUACUAAGGAUAACGAGAGCACUAUUGUAAUGAGAGUUUUGAGAGACAUGAACUUAUCGAAGCUUAUUGAUGAAGAUGAGCCACUUUUUAUAUCACUUGUAGCAGAUUUGUUCCCGAAUCAAGCCCUGGAGAAAACUACUUAUUCUGAUCUGGAAGAUGCUAUCAGAAAACAAGUAGAACUGAAUGGAUUGAUUUAUCAUCCACCUUGGGUCUUAAAGAUAAUACAGUUGUAUGAAACGCAACGCGUACGCCAUGGAAUAAUGACAUUAGGGCCACCAGGUGCUGGAAAAACUACCUGCAUACAGACUUUAAUGGAAGCUCUUUCAGAUACCGAAGACCCACACAGGGAGAUGCGUAUGAACCCGAAAGCAAUAACAGCUGCACAAAUGUUUGGUCGACUUGAUGUUGCUACUAAUGAUUGGACUGAUGGCAUUUUCUCAGCCUUAUGGAGAAAAACCCUUAAAAUUAAAACUGGGGAGCAUAUAUGGCUAGUGCUCGACGGGCCGGUUGAUAGUAUAUGGAUAGAAAAUUUAAACUCAGUGCUGGAUGAUAAUAAGACUCUAACAUUAGCAAAUGGUGAUCGCCUGACUAUGUCGCCCACGUCAAAGAUAAUAUUUGAACCGGAAAACAUUGAUAAUGCAUCCCCUGCCACUGUUUCACGAAACGGAAUGGUAUACAUGAGCUCUUCAGGCUUAGAUUGGGAACCAGUUUUAAAUGCGUGGCUUACAACUAGAUCAGCGAGAGAAUUAGAAGUGUUCAGUACAUUAUUUCAAGAGACAUUUCUUAACACGUAUACCUGGUGCACUCAAAAUCUAACUUUUAGUAUGAGAGUUCUGCAAAGUAAUAUUAUUGCUCAAAUGCUAAAUUUAUUAGAAGGAUUGGUACCGCCACAGAUUGUAGAAAUUGAAGAUCCUUCUGCCAAUAAAUCUGUGAAUGGCGACAUCGAUGAUGAGGAUGAAAAAGAGAAGGUUGAAGAAGUUGAAUUAUUUACACAUGAACAUCUACAUAAAAUUUAUGUGUUUACCUUAGUUUGGGGCUUUGGUUCUCUUUUGGAAACUGAUGACAGAUUUCGUUUUGAUAAAUUCAUAAAAACAACAUUUAAGGAAAUUCUAGAUUUACCAAAACACCCUAACAACAAACCAAGUAUACUUUUUGACUUUUAUGUAAAACAUCCUGGGAAAUGGGUAUUAUGGGAUGAUUUAAUGACAAAUUAUAUCUACCCCGACACAGCAACUCCCGAUUACUCCAACAUCCUCAUACCGAUUGUUGAUAAUGUUCGAAUUAACUAUCUCAUUCAUUGUAUUGCUAAGCAAGGAAAAGCAGUAUUACUUUUAGGUGAACAGGGAUCUGCUAAAACCGUUAUGAUGAAGGCUUAUAUGAAAAAUGCGAAUCCAGAACAGAUUAUGGGAAGAUCUUUUAAUUUUUCUUCAGCCACAAGUCCAUAUCAAUUCCAGAAAACAAUCGAAAGUUACGUAGAAAAACGCAGUGGAAUGACAUUUGGCCCUCCGGGGGGAAAGAAAAUGCUAGUUUUUAUAGAUGACAUCAACUUACCUCAAAUUAAUGAGUGGGGAGAUCAAAUUACUAAUGAAAUAGUAAGACAAACAAUGAGUAUGGGAGGAUUUUAUAGUUUGGAGAAACCUGGUGAUUUUACUACUAUUGUCGACAUUCAAUUUUUAGGAGCCAUGGGACAACCAGGCGGAGGUAGGAAUGAUAUUCCUUCAAGAUUAAAACGCCAAUUUUCAAUAUUCAAUUGUCCUUUACCUAAUAACGAGUCUAUCGAUAAGAUUUUCAAAGUAAUUGGUGAGGGCCAUUACAAUGCUAAGAGAGGUUUUACUAUAGAAGUAAGAUCGCUUAUUAAAAAAAUAAUUCCACUCACCAGGGAAUUAUGGGCAAGAACCCGAAAAAAUUUAUUACCAACUCCUGCCAAAUUUCAUUAUGUGUUUUCCUUGAGAGAUUUAUCAAGAGUGUGGCAAGGUAUGGUAGGCACAUUACCAACCGUAAUUGAAUCUGAAAAAUGUUUGAUGCUUUUGUGGAAGCACGAAUGUUCAAGAGUAUUUUCUGAUAGAUUUACUCUAUUAUCUGACAAAGAUUGGUUUAAUAGUGCAUUGUACAGUAUUUCUGAAGAAAUAUUAGGAUGUGAAUACAAAAAAAUGAUGGAAACCGAUCCUGUAUUUGUAGACUUUAUGAGGGAUGCUCCCGAGCCUACCGGAGAAGAAGGUGAAGAUGCAGACAUGGAACUUCCAAAAGUUUAUGAACCCGUUUUUGAUUACCCAGAAUUAAGAGACCGGUUGGAAAUGUUCCUUUCUCAAUUUAACGAAAUGGUCAGGGGCUCAGGAAUGGACCUUGUAUUUUUUCCUGAUGCUAUGUUACACUUAGUAAAAAUAUCAAGAGUUAUUCGUCAUCCCAGGGGAAAUGUUAUGUUAGUUGGCGUAGGAGGUUCAGGCAAACAGUCUUUAACGAAACUAUCAACUUUUAUAGCAGGAUAUCGAUCAUUCCAAAUUGCUUUGACAAGAUCAUACAACGUCGGUAACUUUUUGGAAGAUCUAAAGUUGCUCUAUAGAUCCUGUGGUGUUCAAGGAAAAGGCACAACGUUUAUAUUUACUGACUUGGAUAUCAAAGAAGAAGGAUUUUUGGAGUACUUAAACAAUAUUCUGUCAUCAGGCGUAAUAUCUAAUUUAUUUACAAAAGACGAGCAACAGGAAAUAAUUUCGGAAUUGACACCAAUCAUGAAACGCGAAAAUCAGAAACGCACUUUAACUAAUGAACUAGUAAUGGAAUAUUUCCUUAAUAGAACCUGUCAAAACUUGCAUGUAGUUCUAUGUUUCUCUCCUGUUAGUGAAGCCUUUAGAUACCGAGCUUUGAGGUUUCCAGCACUUAUAUCCGGUUGCACAAUUGAUUGGUUUCAACCAUGGCCGAAAGAUGCACUUGUUUCAGUAGCCGACCAUUUCCUUACAGAUUUUGAAAUAGAAUGUACAAAGGAAGUUAAAAAAGAACUCGUUACAGUUCUUGGGACAAUUCAAGAUGUCGUAUCUACAGUUUCUACUGAAUAUUUCCAAAGAUUUCGACGUUCUUCACAUGUCACGCCUAAAUCUUAUCUCAGUUUUAUUGGUGGUUAUAAAACAAUUUAUCAAAUGAAGCAAAAAGAGUUGGGAGACGGAGCUCUGAGAAUGGAUACCGGUCUAGAAAAAUUACGGGAAGCAUCAAUAUCUGUUGAAGUUUUAAAGAAAGAUUUGGCCGUUAUGGAACAAGAUUUAGCUUUGGCUUCGGAAAAAGCCGAUCGAGUUCUAUCAGAAGUUACAGACAGAGCAAUGCAAGCUGAAAUUGUAAAAAACCAAGUCCAAAUAGUUAAAGAAAAAGCUGAAGCAUUAGUAGCUUAUAUAGCAGAAGAAAAAGAAAAGGCAGAAAUGAAAUUAGAGGCAGCUAAACCUGCUUUGGAGGAAGCUGAAGCUGCUCUUAACACGAUCAAACCGGCACAUAUAGCAACUGUUAGAAAAUUAGGUCGUCCACCACACCUUAUAAUGAGGAUAAUGGAUUGCGUCCUGAUUCUUUUCCAACGUCGAUUACAUCCCUUAAUACCAGAUACAGCCGCCCCCUGCCCUAAACCAUCUUGGGCAGAAUCUCUUAAGAUGAUGGCUAGUACUACAUUCUUGCUUCAACUCCAAAACUAUCCAAAAGACAUCAUCAAUAACGAAAUGGUAGAGCACCUUAUGCCCUAUUUUGAAAUGGAGGAUUAUAACAUGGAUACAGCCAAACGGGUGUGUGGCGAUGUAGCUGGUUUAUUAUCGUGGACCAAAGCUAUGGCAUUCUUUCAUAGUGUAAAUAAAGAAGUGCUACCCUUAAAAGCAAGUUUAAUGUUGCAAGAAGCUAGGCUAAAGGUGGCGAUGGAAGAUUUAGCUUCGGCGGAAAGACAAUUAGAAGACCGUGAAAUGUCUUUGAGGAAAGUGAAAGAGCAGUAUGAAGCUGCCGUUUCAGAGAAACAGCAGCUAACAGAUGCUGCGAAUAUAUGCUUAAGGAAAAUGACAGCAGCAACUCAACUGAUCAAUGGGCUUGGGGGGGAAAAAAUUCGGUGGACACAACAAAGUAAAGAUUUUAAAGAACAACUUGGAAGGUUGGUAGGAGAUGUCGUUCUUGCAACUGGGUUCUUAUCUUACUGUGGCCCUUAUAAUCAAGAAUUCAGGAAUAGUUUGUUUAAUACUUGGAUGGAAAUAUUGAAAAGCAAACAAAUACCUGUAACAGACAAUUUAAAUAUAACUAAUAUGUUAGUAGAAAGUGCUACGAUAUCGGAAUGGACACUUCAAGGUUUACCAAACGACGAUUUAUCUGUACAAAAUGCAUUAAUUGUUACGAAGUCUAGCUCAUAUCCACUUUUGGUCGAUCCUCAAAGUCAAGGAAAAAAUUGGAUAAAAAACAAAGAAAGUUCCAAUGAGCUACAAAUUACAUCAUUAAAUCAUAAAUAUUUCCGUACUCAUUUAGAAGACAGUUUGUCUUUAGGUAGACCACUUUUAAUAGAAGAUGUUGGUGUUGAAUUGGAUCCAGUGAUAGAUAACGUUCUCGAAAAAAAUUUCAUAAAAUCUGGGUCAAUAGAAAAAGUUAUUGUAGGUGACAAAGAAUGCGAUGUGAUGCGUGGUUUCAUGCUUUAUAUUACAACAAAGUUACCUAACCCUGCUUAUUCCCCUGAAAUAAGCGCUAAAACUUCUAUUAUUGACUUUACUGUUACUAUGCAAGGUCUUGAAGAUCAACUUCUAGGUAGAGUUAUACUAAUGGAGAAAUCUGAUCUGGAAGAAGAACGAGUAGCUUUAUUUGAAUCUGUUAUGAAAAACCAGAGAAGUAUGAAAGAGCUAGAAAGCAACUUACUUUGUCGUUUAACUUCUUCUGAAGGUUCUCUGGUAGACGAUGAAGCUCUUAUACAUGUGUUACAAGUAACAAAAUCGACAGCUGAAGAAGUAAAUGAAAAGUUAAAAGUAGCUGAAGUUACCGAAAAAAAGAUUAUUAAAGCAAGAGAAGAGUUUAGAGCAGUAGCAGCAAGAGGUUCCAUAUUAUACUUCUUGAUAGUUGAGAUGAGCAACGUAAAUAUUAUGUAUCAAAAUUCGUUAAAACAAUUUCUUACCAUAUUUGACAACUCUAUUACAAAGUCUACAAAAAGUAACGUGACGGAAGAACGUAUAAAUAUAAUUCUUAAAUACUUAACGCAUGAAGUUUGGGCUUUUACCUUACGUAGUUUAUAUGAGAGACAUAAAUCGUUAUUCACUUUGAUGUUGGCUAUGAAAAUAGAUUGCCAACGUGGACUUAUUUCACAUGACGAGUUCAUGGCAUUUGUUAAAGGUGGUGCAUCAUUAGAUCUAAAUGCAGUUAUUCCGAAACCAUUUCGAUGGAUUUUAGACAUAACUUGGCUAAAUUUAGUUGAACUUAGUAAAAUAAAUGUAUUCGCAGAAGUUUUAAACAAAAUAGCAGUUAAUGAAAAAGAGUGGCGUGUUUGGUAUGAGAAAGCAAAACCGGAAGAAGAAAUUAUUCCAAGUGGUUACCAUGACAGUCUUGACGUUUUUCGAAAACUAUUACUUAUUAGAUCAUGGAGUCCGGAUCGCACACUUUCACAAGCGAGAAAGUACAUCGUUGAUUCCCUUGGGCCGGAAUACGGCGAAGGAAGAAUUCUAAAUUUGGAAGCUACGUGGGAAGAAUCAGAACCUCGUACCCCACUGAUUUGUAUACUUUCAAUUGGAUCUGAUCCCUCUGCACAAAUUGCAUCGCUAGCCAAACAUAAAGAAAUAGUUUUAAAAGCGGUUUCCAUGGGUCAAGGUCAAGAAAUUGUAGCUCGUAAAAUGAUAUCUGACUCAAUGAAUGAUGGAGGCUGGGUGCUCUUACAAAACAUUCAUUUGUCAUUACCUUUUUGUGUGGAAGCUAUGGAUGCUUUAAUUGAAACGGAACACAUUCAAGACUCAUUUCGUCUGUGGCUUACUACAGAAGUACACACCGACUUCCCUAUAGGGCUUUUACAAAUGGCUAUCAAAUUUACCAAUGAACCGCCUCAGGGCAUUAGGGCUAGUAUGAAGAGAACAUACCAAAAUAUUACACAGGACUCAUUAGAUUAUUCUUCUUUAUCUCAAUGGCCACCUCUUCUAUAUGCAGUGGCCUUUUUGCAUACUAUUGUUCAAGAAAGAAGAAAAUUUGGUCCGUUAGGAUGGAAUAUACCUUAUGAGUUCAAUCAAGCAGAUUAUGCUGCUAGUGUACAGUUCAUACAAAACCAUCUGGAUGAAAUAGAUCCUAAGAAAGGCAUUUCGUGGCCUACAAUUUGUUACAUGCUUGGGGAGGUACAAUACGGCGGUCGGGUGACCGAUGACUUCGAUAAAAGAUUACUCACGACAUUUACUAAUGUGUGGUUUUGUGAUGUUUUGCUUAGACCGGGUUUUGAGUUUUACAAGGGGUACAAAGUACCUCAAACGAGAAACCUACAGGGUUACGUAGAUUAUAUCAAUCAGUUGCCGCUAACGGAUACACCUGAAGUUUUUGGCUUGCAUGGUAAUGCUGAUAUUACUUAUCAAAUCAAUAGUGCUAAAGAUAUAUUGGAUACUAUACUGAGUGUUCAGCCCAAGGAAGGCGGAUCUCAAGGUGGGGAAACAAGAGAAAGUAUAGUUUACCGCCUAGCUGAAGAUAUGUUAGAAAAAUUACCAAAACAAUAUAUAAGCUUCGAAGUUCGAGACGCACUGCAUAAAAUGGGCGCUUUUCUGCCAAUGAACAUUUUCCUACGGCAAGAAAUAGACCGCAUUCAACGGGUAAUCAAAACAGUUUUCACUACACUCUGCGAUCUAAAGUUAGCUAUCGAUGGAACUAUUGUAAUGAGCCAAGGGCUACGUGAGUCACUCGACGCUAUGUACGAUGCCCGAAUUCCUCAACAGUGGUUAAAGGUAUCAUGGGAAUCAGCUACAUUAGGGUUUUGGUACACGGAGUUACUGGAGCGCGAGCAACAAUAUCGUGCCUGGUUACGAAAUGGCAGACCCACUGCAUUCUGGAUGACAGGCUUUUUCAACCCCCAAGGUUUUCUUACUGCAAUGAGACAGGAGGUUACCCGCAGCCACAAAGGUUGGGCUUUAGACUCCGUUGUGCUCCAGAACCAUAUUACAAAGUUGAAUCGUGAGGAGGUUCACGAAGGGCCUACGGAAGGUGUCUACGUGCAUGGACUAUUUUUGGAAGGAGCGUCCCUUGACAGGAAAUCAGGAAAAUUGAUCGAAUCGAAGCCUAAAGUCCUUUAUGAGCAAAUGCCGGUUAUCUAUAUAUUUGCAAUCAACACAACCGCAGGCAAGGAUCCCAGGCUAUACGAGUGUCCAAUUUAUAGGAAGCCGCAACGGACAGAUGCAAAGUAUAUCGGUUCCAUAGAUUUCGAAACUGAUAGCAAUCCUCGGCACUGGACAUUGCGCGGCGUAGCCCUUCUGUGUGAUAUAAAAUAA